AUGCUCUGUCUUCUUAUCAUUUCUAUCACUGCUCCGAUUAUGGUAUGUUUAUCCCGUUCCGGCUCCUCCCUUCCCAUCUACAGUAAUCCAGAUGGCUGAAAUGUCGCCGUAUCGAUGGAAUCUCGUGCCGAAACCCCUUCUGAAGAGACUUUGUAGUCUCGAUGACUCAUUGCCAAUCUGUGCUUGGAAGGUUAGUCAUCGAAGACAUCAAGUUCAGUGUAUCAUUCAUUACAUUCGUCUAGAUUCUAAGAUUUGGAAAAAGGCCAGCCCAGGCUUUUUGAGAACUGAACUUUUGAGCCAGUUGCAUUAUUCCAAUCGGACCCGAACUUAACCGUCUUCUUGGACUUGAAUUGGAAUAUUUUGGGUCCAAGUUUCAGACCUGUCGGACCAUCUGCAAUUUUCGAAAAAAUCCACUUUCCAAGUCCAAAAAGCCGUCAAAGUUCGGGUCCUACCGGGAUUUUGAAACAACUGGGUUAGAAGUUCAGGCUUCAAAAAAUCUUCGAAAAGCAUGUAUCUAAACGGGGAAUAACAGAAUCGUCUAUGAAUCAUAAAUCUGUUCAGCGUCACAUUCCAUUGAAUGGCAAAAAAGUCUUUUCAAAGUGGCAAGUGUGCCGGGACCAUCCGGAAUUGAAUAUUUGCAAAUGGCACAACGGCGGAAUGGUCACUUCUCCGAUUCCGAUUUCUGCGACGACCACAGCCAGAACGGAGGAUUCGGCAGAAGCCCCGCCCACUUCUGAAUCCAUUUUCGUCGUCAGUUUCCUUUUCAUUUUCACUCAAAUGCUCAGUGUUUUCUCUUCAGAAUGAGCCCGAUAUGAUGCUCUCGUCAAAGUGGUCAAAUGCGGAAAUCCUUCGGGAAACUGUGCAGAAGGAGCUGAAAACCGAGCCGAACCGAUUCGAAGGGCGGCUGCGUCAGGAGUCAGAUUCCUCGGAAUCCGAUCCGAUCGGAGACAAGUUCGACGAGACGAUAAUGUCGGCGAACGAAGGCGUUUUCACCGCGUGA